AGUUUGUCAAUGGACUGUCCAAAGUGAUGUAGCCUUACUUUAAAAUAGCUAAAAAGUCAAUUUACUAUGGAGGUUAUGGAGGAAGAACUUAAGAUAGAAGAGAAUGUGGAUGCACAAGGAAUACUGCAUCCACAACUUUUCAAUAUCAUUAAUUCCUCAGCUAAGGAAAUUAACAGAUUUCAUAUUGUUGAGUUCAGUGGUGAAGUCCUUUGGGGAUGGAGGACACUGCAGGCAAUUCCAUAUAAGUACUUUACUGCUUUCAAUGAAAGUAUAAAGCCUCUAGGCUAUUGUGUUUCUACAAAUUGUAGUAACAGGAUAGGCAGCAUUUUGAAAACAAGAGUGSAACGCUUUGUCAAGAGAAUGCUCUCACUCAGUACUCAGUCACGGAAAAGAAUGACAGAUUCUUGGUUUACCCUCAAAGUGUUUGAGGAGGAAAUGUUGCGCGUUCCUGAAGAAAUUAUUGAAAAACUAAAAAAAGAGGAAGAAAUAUUGGAAUCAAAGAUAAAUGAGCUAAAUGAAAAUCUGGAGGAUGAGUGUGCCAGAGUAUACCAAGUCUUGCAAAAGAACAUGGAAAUUAGAAGAGAAAAUGAAAAUUUAAAAAAAGGCCUUGAGGAACUUAAAAAUAAAGGCAAAACAAUAUCUGAUGUACAGCAGCCAAGACAAAAAUAUAGAAAAAUAAACCAAGUCAGGAAUCAAGCAAGUUCUGUUCUUUGGUUUGCAGAAACAUUUGGAUUAAUUCCUACAAGUUUAACCUUAAAGGAGGAGAACUCUGGAAUACAGCAUACAAUCAAUAUUGACAACUUGCACAAAGCCUCCCCAAAAGACCCCCUGGCCUCUGGAGAGCAGCCCACCAUGUGCACUGAAAGCCAUGAGGAACAGCCUACAAUCUCUAGUGUUACUCCAAAAUCAAAGAAAGAUAAUUAUGGAACAAAUGGUAUAUCUCCAAGCAGGCUUUACAGAAUUAAAAAAUAUCUUGAGCUUCCUGAUAAUAAAAAAGAGAAAAUAAAACAGUUAACCCACAUCCUUAACAAAUUUGGUGUGUCGUAUGAGGCAUACCAUGAAAUCACACAAAUACCCGGCAAUGAAGAGUUGACACGUGCUUACCUUGUUCAAGGCUGUGAGGGUUUCCUUGACUCUCAGUGGGAUGUGAAAAAAACACCAGGCAAUACACCUGGUGCAGAACUGAGUUUCAAGGAUUUGCUAUCUCAGCAGCUUAGAGACAAUAUUAAAAGAAAUGACAUCAAGGAUCCACAAAAAAUAACUUUUAAGAUAAAGAUCAGUGGUGAUGGAGCAGCAUUAACAAAGAAAAGUAAUCUACUUGUAUGCUCGUUUGGGAUUAUUGAUGAUGGAAACUUAAUGAUGUCUAGCCUGGGAAAUCACACAAUUGCUGUGGUGCAAACACACUCAUUCUCUGGUAACGUGUGCAACUGUGCUUGAAAAAUGUGUAAAAAUCAAAGUCAACAGUGAACAGUGCGU